UUAUAUGCACACUAGGCAUAUUAUAAAACUGUUGCAGCAACUAUAGUAUAUAUUUAAGUUGGGUAAGAAUACCACUUUAUUAAUCAAUUUCCUAAAAGCUGUAAAUUUACAGACUACUUUAAGCAGAAAAUAGCUUGAGCUGAUUAUCAAAUUGAAAACUAUAUCUAGAAUUAAAAAUAAUAUACAUGUGAUUACACAUUCGAUAUCCAUAUCAUUCGAAGGAAUUCUAAAGGUUAGGAGGAGAUAGGGGAUGAAACAGCAAAGAAUAUCAUCAUACAAUGAUGGAUAUAUCUUGAAGUUCUUUCUUCGUCUAUUCCCAAAAUUUCCGUAUGAUAUCAUGUUAAAAAUAUUACAGCUUUUACCCAUUCCACAUAUACUUAUCCUUCAAUCAAUAAGUAAUGAUGAUUAUACUAAGCUGCUUAAAAUUCAACAAAUUACAAACCAACGGUUUUUAGUUGAUUAUCCAAUAUUUGAGAAAAGAUCGACAUCGGCUGAUUUCAUAACUACUAGAAAAAUAUUUGAAAUUAAACAAACUUUUAGAAUUAUGGCUGAGUUAACUAGAAGUCAGAAGGAGAAUAUAAUACCGGUUAAAAUUCAAUUUUCUACAAAGUAUUGCUUUAGAAAAGUGUUUCCUGUUAAAUUGCUAAAUGAGUUGUUGGGAGAUUCAAAUAAUUUUGACUUGGCUCUUAAGCUACCUAAAUUGGCUUACAAAGAAUAUAUAAAGUUGCAAAGAUAUAAGAAGUCUUUAAAUGUUAGUUCGUUAACCAUUGAUGAGGUGGAAAAUAGGAGAGGACAUUUUCGAAAUAUUGAUUUAGACUUUUCAAAUUAUCUGAAUUUGAAUUCGUUUGGUUUAACGACAUUAGCCCAUAUUCGUAGUCUAAAUUUGAAUUCAGUAUUAUAUAAACUAACUGAACUAGAAAUAGUCGACUGUUUUGAUGUUGAUUACAUAACAAAAUUUGUCAAUUUGAAAAUUCUUUCCCUUCAAUUUAAUGAUACAUUUUAUGUCAAAAGGCUACCAAGGAAUGUCAUUACAUUGUGUUUAAAGAAUUUUAGUACAGUUUGCAACCUCAUAAUAGAGUCAAGUGAAGAUUGGCCGCAAAAUUUAAAUUCUUUAUGUAUGUACAUAUAUCUGAGCAACGGACUUGAAGGAGUUACCAACAACAAAUUGUCCCCAAACUUAGAAAAAUUACAAAUUAAUUGUUACAAGUCUUGGAAAAGUCUACCAGAAUUACCUGAAUCGUUGAUUGAAUUAAAAUUUGAUACUCUGUCUAAAGAAGAAUUAGAUAUCAAUGAACUCUUUCAACUUAGACUUCCAAUUAUUUCAAUAAAAGGUUUCAAACUUGUAAAUGAUCUAAAUACCAGUAUAGAGGCUAUAGAUGGGCUUGAAAAAUUCCUGAUAUCAGCCAACGAUUGUGAUUUUCCAUUAGAUUCCAUUUAUUUUGAAAAUGCAAAAUCUUCACUAAGAGAUUUAUCAGUUCAUUUUUGGAAGCAGCUGUUCCCAUCAACAAAUCUAAAUUUCUCUGAAUUUACAAAGUUAACCAAUAUUAGUUUGACUGGAUGUAAAAUUAUUAAUUUGAGUGUUUUGGAAUUACCGGUUUCUAUAAUUCGUUUAUCUAUCAACGACGAUUAUUUCGAAUCAGUAGACAACACUUGCUCCUUAUUCAGUAAUCCACUGAGGUACAGAAACCUCCUUCAUUUGAUAAUCUAUGGUAUUGAAUAUAUUUCUCCUCGUGUACAAUUUCCAAUGAAUCUAGAAUCCCUCGAGAUUUCACAUUAUAGGAAUAGAAAGAUUCUUUCUAAAAUAAUCAAUCUUAAACGUUUAACUUUUUUUAGAACGGAAGAAAAGAUUGAUGAUUUGAAUAUCUUUGACGAUUUUAUUAUGCAUCCAAAUAGAUCUCCAUACUUCAAAUCAAAUCUUAAAAGAUUGGAAAUGCACAUUGGUCAAUUAGUAGACAAAACAGUGGUUGAUGGAUUUUAUGACAAAAUUGAAAAGGUUUUCGAAAAGAAAGCAGUUAAUAGGACUUAUCCAUGUCGUAUAUUAUUUCAAGAAUUUGACGAAAUGGAAUUAUAUGUAGAUUUAGUUUAGGAACAAACUUUUUACAACAAAACUAGAAAUUUUGGUAGAAAUAUUCAAUCAAACAUCUCUUUGCACGGUUAAGUUGCGAAUUGAGAUGGUAUUGUUAUACUAAAGACUAAAUUUCAUUUGAGAUAAUCGAUUUUAAGAGUCAUUUCUAAAGACAGUAAGAGUAAAAAAAGUGCAG